AUUUUUUCUGCCUUCAUUUCCUGUCAAUAGCACGUUUGUAAAACUCUUUCCUGUCGUACUUUUGCCAGACCAAGGUCUGCAGAAGACAAAUUCAACAUGCCUCAAAAUGAGUAUAUGGAGCGUCACCGCAAAUUAUAUGGUCGACGACUCGACUAUGAAGAACGCAAACGCAAGAAGGAAGCCCGUCUUCCGAAGGAGCGUGCUCGUAAAGCUCAAAAGUUGCGUGGCAUUAAAGCCAAAUUGUUCAAUAAGGAGAGGCGUAAUGAAAAGAUUCAAAUGAAGAAGAAGAUUCAAGCGCAUGAAGAAAAGAAGGUCAAGAAACAGGAAGAAAAAGUCGAGGAUGGCGCUCUACCACAUUAUCUUCUUGACAGAGGUAUCCAGUCGAAUGCCAAGGUUUUGUCGAAUAUGAUAAAACAGAAACGUAAAGAAAAGGCUGGCAAAUGGGAUGUACCUAUACCAAAAGUGCGUGCGCAGUCCGACGCUGAAGUAUUCAAAGUCCUAAAAACGGGCAAAACCAAGAGGAAGGCCUGGAAGCGCAUGGUGACGAAAGUUACGUUUGUUGGUGAAAACUUCACACGCAAACCGCCGAAAUUUGAACGCUUCAUCCGACCGAUGGCAUUGCGUAUGAAAAAGGCGCAUGUUACACACCCAGAACUGAAAGCAACUUUCCACUUACCAAUCAUUGGAGUUAAAAAGAAUCCAAGCUCUCCAAUGUUUACCUCCUUGGGCGUCAUAACCAAGGGUACUGUAAUAGAAGUAAACAUCUCUGAAUUAGGUUUAGUAACCCAAACUGGAAAAGUUGUUUGGGGCAAAUAUGCGCAAGUUACGAACAACCCAGAGAACGAUGGAGUUAUAAAUGCUGUACUUCUAGUUUAAUAUGUUAGUGGAUAGAAAUUGCCUUCGAUUCGGUCAAUAAAAUAAAAAUAGCGCUAAAAUACAGA